GCAAAACAUUUUUUUUUUUGUCCAAACUUAAAUUUAGUUGACUUUUACUAGCGUGGGAUAGUAAAAUUUUCUUAACAAAAAAAUGUCUAAUAAUCCAACUGUGACUCUAUAUCCCUUAGUCAACUACACGUUUGGCACAAAAGAAGCACAACCAGAGGAAGAUCCGUCAGUUGCAGCGCGUUUGCAACGGCUACAAAAUGAUUAUGAAACGACCGGUAUGCGAAGGACUGUAGAGGGGGUGCUUGUUGUUCACGAACAUAAUCAUCCUCACGUGUUAAUGUUGCAAAUUGCCAACUCUUUUUUUAAACUGCCCGGUGAUUAUCUUAAACCAGGAGAAGAUGAAAUCGAAGGUCUUAAAGCUAGGUUAGAUGAGCGGUUGGCUCCAGUUGUUAAUACAUAUAGCAACAAUACCUCAAGUCAUGAGGACUGGCAAAUUGGCGAAUGUUUAAGUGUUUGGUGGCGACCAAAUUUUGAAACUUUCAUGUAUCCGUAUACACCAGCACAUGUUACUAAGCCGAAGGAACAAAAAAAAAUAUUUUUAGUUCAUCUUCCAGAAAAGAAAAUUUUAUCUGUCCCGAAAAAUAUGAAGUUGCUCGCAGUACCUCUUUUUGAAUUAUAUGACAAUGCGCAGCGUUAUGGACCUCAGUUAUCCGCAAUUCCACAUUUGCUGAGUAGAUUUAAUUUCAUUUAUGAAAAAUAAUAAAUAGAAUAGCUAAUUAUAAAAUUAUUAGACAUUAGAUAUAUAGAAUAUAUCUGAUUAUUAUUAUCUAUUGAAGAUUUUUCAUUAUUAUUCUCUUGUGGUUGACUCUGAGAAUCAUCGUUAUUUUCAUAAUCAUCGUAUUUUCGCUUUUUACUUGUCGGUUCCUGAUUCGUAUCUCAAUUAUUAAUCAAGAAUUGUAAACAAUCCAAGAAAAAAAGUUAAAUUAAACGUACAUUUGUU